AUGGCCGUUGGUACCGAGACUAUCCCUAAGGUCGACUUCAUUACCGGCCCUGGUAACCUGUUCGUUGCUGAGGCUCUCACUGUUGCCACCGAUCUUCUUUCUCAGGCUGAGCAUGGAUAUGACUCUCCUUGUGUUUUUAUCACCACAUCUGAAACUCUGGCCCACGAGACCAUCGCCACCAUUGAUAAACUCCCGCCUAACCUGGUCACUUCGCCAAUUGCUGGUUCUUUCUGGAAGAAUUUUGGCGAGAUUGCUGUCGUCGAAAACGUCGAUCAGGUUUACGCGCUGGCUGAUGAGUACGCUCACGAGCAUUUCCAGAUCCUCACCAAGAAACCUCGCGAGGCUCUGGAGAAGAUGCAGCACUACGGUGCUCUCUUCCUCGGUGAGAAGACUUGUGUCCCUUAUGGUGACAAAGUCAUUGGUAUCAACAACAUUCUGCCCACUCGCAAGGCUGCCAGAGACACCGGUGGUCUCCGGGUAGGCAAGUUCCUACGCACUGUCACCUGCCAGCAGAUUACUUCUACCGAGGCCAGUGGUAAGCUUGGUCUGCUCUGCGGCAGAGCUGCUCGCACUGAGAACUUCAAGGGACACGCUUGCUCAGGAGAUCUGUGCGCUGCUAAGUACCUGAAUGAUGAACAUGUCUGGAUCAAGCAAGCUCAGGCUAGCUCUAGCAACUUAUAG